UCUCAUGUAUUGCAUGUCUCUGUGGAGUGUUCUUCUUGCAUCUGAUACAAUGUGGACUAGGUGCAUUGUCAAAGGGUUACCCAGGGUGGGCCGGGCACAGUCCAGUGUUGCCCAUCUCAGGGGUAUACUGAACGGAGAGCUUGAAAGCAUUAAGGAGGCAGGGACAUGGAAGAAGGAGAGGAUAAUUACCUCCAAACAAGGAGCACACAUUACAGUGGAAGGCACAAACACAGGCAUUUUAAAUUUUUGUGCCAAUAAUUACCUUGGCCUUUCCAGUCACCCUGAAGUUAUUCGUGCGGGACAUGAAGCCCUGGAAGAAUUUGGAGCUGGGUUGAGCUCUGUGAGGUUCAUAUGUGGAACACAGACUAUACACAAGAGACUUGAGGAGAAGAUUGCACAGUUCCAUAAAAGAGAAGACUCCAUCUUGUAUAUUAGCUGUUUUGAUGCCAAUGCUGGAAUAUUUGAGGCAAUGCUGACUCCAGAAGAUGCAGUACUGUCAGAUGAACUGAACCAUGCCUCCAUAAUUGAUGGCAUCCGCCUCUGCAAGGCCAUCAAGUACCGAUACAAGCACAUGGACCUGGAUGAUCUGGAGGCCAAACUGAAAGAAGCGCAGAAACACCGCCUGCGUCUCAUAGCUACAGAUGGAGUCUUCUCUAUGGACGGAGAUAUUGCUCCUCUACGUGACAUUUGUGGCCUGGCAAAGCGUUAUAAUGCUCUGGUGUUUAUAGAUGAAUGUCAUGCCACUGGCUUUAUGGGACCAAAUGGACGGGGCACAGAUGAGCUUCUUGGAGUGAUGGACCAAGUAACUAUUGUGAAUUCUACGCUUGGCAAGGCAUUGGGUGGAGCUGCAGGUGGGUACACAACAGGCCCAAAGCCUCUGAUUGACUUGCUGCGGCAGCGCUCCCGGCCAUAUCUUUUCUCCAAUACUCUUCCCCCAGCUGUGGUUGGCAGUGCCUCCAAAGCGCUUGACCUCUUGAUGGCAAGCAAUACAAUUGCCCAAUCGAUGACUGCUAAAACGGCACGGUUUCGCAACAAGAUGGCAGCUGCAGGUUUCACUAUAUCUGGAAACGACCAUCCUAUUUGUCCCGUGAUGCUUGGAGAUGCCAGACUAGCUGCAGCAAUAGCAGAUGAUAUGUUAGAAAGAGGUAUCUAUGUUAUUGGAUUUAGCUACCCUGUGGUGCCUAAGGGUAAAGCUCGCAUCAGAGUACAGAUUUCAGCAGCUCAUAGCGAUAAAGAUAUUGACAACUGUGUACAAGCAUUCACAGAGGUGGGCCGUAAACAUGGCGUAGUGCCAUAAGACAGUGGAAGAAACGGAGGACAUGACUGGUCAAUAUAAAGUUUCAUCUGGAAUGCCUAUCAUGCAGAUGCU